UCCUCGUCUCCGACUUCUCAAUGGCGGUCUUGCUGCCCUCACACACGCAUUCAUUCACCCACCUCUCCCUGAACUCACUGCCCUUUUGGUCUCAACGUUCCCGUAACCCCUUCUCAAACCCUAACCCCAGUGUCCACCCUAGCCCCACAAAUCCCCACAACAUUUCCACCGCUCUCACUCUCUCUCUCAGUCGUCGUACCCGCAAUCUCUGUACAACUUUUGUAUCAUUUGGGGAAGCAGAAGAGACGGAGGCUCCCAAUCCCAAACUGUUGCUUCGAUUCUCCGUCUCCGCCGUAAUAGUCUUCCUUGGUUUCUUCGGCUUCGGUUGGGCUCGACGCCCCCAGCUCCCCCUGCCUGCUCUCGCCGCAACUCCGCUGCAAGAGGAAAUUCAAGAUCAGUCUGAAUUGAGAACGGCAUUCGAAGCUUGGAAGUCUAAAACUUAUGCUCUCACUGUCCCUCUCACAAUUGUUGCUCUACGUGGCUCUCUACCUCCUUCCUGGGCUAAGGACUUCAUUCAAUCACAAGGAAAGAGAUUAAAGCUUCGCUUAAAGUACAAUGCAAAUCUUGAGGGCAUAUUUUCUGAUCUAUGUAUGACCUCUCGGAAAGGUCAUAUCUCCCCAUCCUCUACUUUGGCAGCUGAUGUUGUGAGUGUUGGUGACUCCUGGCUCAAUUUUGCUAUUAAUAAGGGCAUAAUUGAGCCCAUACAAGGGGUGGAAGACCAGGAAUGGUUUAAAGGCUUAAGUGACAAAUGGAAGGUAUAUCUACGCAGGAACUCUGCCGGGGAAAUAGAUUCUGAGGGUAAAAUAUGGGCUGCACCAUACCGAUGGGGUUGCAUGGUGAUAGCAUACAAGAAAAGUAAAUUUCAGAAGCAUAAAUUGGCUCCUAUAGAGGACUGGGCAGAUUUAUGGCGGCCCGAACUUGAAGGGAGGAUUUCAAUGGUUGAUUCUCCUAGAGAGGUUGUUGGUGCAGUUUUGAAGUACAUGGGGGCAUCCUACAACACAAACAACCUUGACUUGCAAGUUGCUGGUGGGAGAAUUGCUGUCCAGAAAAAUCUACAAUUACUCGAAAGACAGGUUCGACUAUUUGACAGUGUCAACUACCUUAAAGCAUUUGGAGUGGGAGAUGUUUGGGUGGCUGUUGGGUGGAGUACUGAUGUUAUUCCUUUAGCAAAACGAUCAUCCAAUGUUGCAGUAAUUGUUCCCAAGUCAGGGGCUAGCUUAUGGGCCGAUCUAUGGGCAAUCCCAGCUGCAUCCGGAAUUGAUUCAAACCGAAUAGGGGGUAGAGUAAGAGGAGCAUCUCCGCUGAUCCAUCAGUGGAUAGAGUUUUGCUUGCAAGCUGCAAGAGCACUACCUUUUAAGCAGGAGGUAAUCCCCGGUGCCUCUCCCGCUGCCCUCGAAAGUACACAAAUGGAGAUGCCAACAGAGCUCACCAAAGGCAAGCCGAGGCUGGACACAAACCUCAUUGCUGGUGUACCGCCAACUGAAAUUCUGGCUAGGUGCGAGUUUCUGGAGCCAUUAUCAGAUUCUACAUUGUCAGAUUAUCGAUGGUUGAUCUCCAGUAUGCAGAAAUCUGGCCACGGCUUCAUCCACAGAAUGCAGGAUCGCAUCUCAAUGAUGAUUCAGAACUUUUGGCUGAAAAGAAACAUGCAUUAACAAACAACCCAAACAAGAAAUAUUUUGACGGUCUCGUGUUCCCCUCUUUUGAAACAAUUACGUUCCACGAUGACAGCUGAAUCGUGAGAAUACAUAAUUUGUUAUCACAACACUGAAAAAGAAGAAGAAAACGUUUCUAUGCUGCCAUGCAGCUGUCAUA